AUGCCUACCUCUGCUAAACGUAGACCUUCUUACAUUAAUCUUUCUAAUGCCACAGGUACAAAUGGCUUAGUCAAUGACGUCUUGUCACCUCGUACACCGAGAUCAAUUAGUAAAUCAAGACGAUCUUCUGUUGUAGCCGAGCAUGUUCAAGAUGUUCUGUAUGAUAACAAUUCCCGCCGUGGUAGUUUACAACAUCAUGGCCCUACUUUAUUAUCAGACAGUACAAAUUCUUAUUUCCAAGACUUGUCUGCCCAUGACAAUGAUAUCAUUCGCUCAGAAACACCUACACUUAAAGCCAGAACAACAUCGCAUGAUGAUCUCAAAUCCAACAAUCGUCGUACUCGCUCUUCUUCCAUGUCUAGCUUAUUAGGCACUUCACUACAAGUCUUACCUAGUUUUGAUGUACAUGCACUCUAUAAGAUCAAGACUACCCGUACCUAUAAAAAACUCACUCGUUUCUUUGGAGAGAAUGCACCACAUGAUAUCUGUAUUAAGGAAAUUCGAAAGGAAGGCUUGAAGGCUAUUUUGGAAUCCAAAUCACCCUUGUGUUAUUUCCUCUACCAUCUAUUACAAGAAUACAGCAGUGAAAACUUGUUUUUCUUUAUUGAACUAGAGCAAUAUGAAUCUUUUACUUAUACGUCUGCACAACAACAAUUAGAAACUGCACAACAUAUCUACAACACUUACUUGUCUAGGAAUAGUUAUUUCGAAGUCAAUUUAGAUGACAAAGUCCGUAGGACCGUGACAGAAGCACUUGAAAAGAAAGAUGCCCAUCAUUGUUUUGACACAGCUAAGCGAGCCGUUUAUUCUUUAUUAGAAUCGAGUUAUAUGCGAUUCCAAAACACAGAUACCUUUGAAGAUAUGGUCACCAAUUGUGGCGAACUAACUACUUUUUAUGAUGAGCAAGCAAGAAUGGCUGCUGUCAGUAAACUCGUUUCUUAUAUCGAAUCCCAACAAACCAAGAUAUAUGGUACAGAAAGCAUGUCAAACACAACAGCUACUGCAUUCCAAAGCACAACUAUCAGAAGACACGAAUUGAUUAAAUCCAUGAUCCAUGAAUUCUGUCGAAGUUUGGUGGGUAUCGAAUUCAACUACUAUGACUCCGAUAACAACCAAUCAGUGCCCUCAGGAACCACUGGUCGCCAUGUGGGCCUUUCCCCUUUUAGUAAUAGUGCGAGUGCUAUUAUGAAAAAAUAG